CACUGUAUCUGACGAAGGUACAAAUAGCCAGCUAUGUUAAUUACACGACAAUAAAUUCUGGCCAGCGUUUUGAAGCAACCCCUGUUUACACAGGUCGGGAAAUAUUAAUUCGGAGGUGAGAAUACCACAUUACGGAGAGACAGAGAAGAGGAAAGUGCAUUGCUGAUAGAGCACUUUAGAAUGUUUAUUCUAUUGUAAGGGGCACAUGGUACUGAAACAUAUGGAUCAUUGAAAAAAUAAAAGCUGUUCUGUGUGUUUAGUCAGAUCCGAUCAGUGUAUCAUUAGACCAAGGAAGUAAACUCUCCGGGCUUAGUCACCGAGACUCGUGGUGUUGUGGGAAUCAAUCGUCGUUGUAUCGACUCAUCCAUUCACCCCCCUAGCCCUGGACAUGCCGCGUAUAGCGAUCGUCUUCCUAACGUUUCUGGCGGGGGUAGCCUCGCGCCGCAACAAGGUGCUGCUGGUGUCCAUGGACGGGUUCAGGUGGGACUACGUCAGCAGCGUCCCGACCCCUAACCUGGAUCGUCUGGCGGGAAUCGGAACGCGAGCAGACUAUAUCAACAAUACGUUCUGUACGAAGACAUUCCCCAGUCACUUCAGUGUCGCAACAGGUUUAUAUGAAGAAAGUCAUGGAAUUAUCGGAAAUGUUAUGUAUGACCCAGUAUUCAAUGAAACGUUCAAUCCAAGAACAAUGGACUCAAAAUGGUGGAAUGGGGGUGAACCCAUUUGGAUCACAGCGGUAAAACAGGGCCUAAAAAGCGCCACCUAUUUUUGGCCCGGAAGUGAAGCAGAAAUACGUGGGUUACGACCAACUCUCUAUAAAAAGUACGCUAAUGUUGACAUCCGGGUUCAGAUUGAUAAUGUCACCGAUUGGCUAAAAGGUGACAUUGAUUUAGCGGUUAUGUACAGCCCACAGCCGGAUAAAGCCGGUCACACGUACGGUCCAAGUGCCCCGGAACUCAAGGAAAAGGUUCAGGAAGUGGACCUCGCUGUGGGUUUCCUACUGGAUAAACUGGAAGAGAAGAAUCUGUCCUCUAAAGUCAACCUCGUUCUGACCAGUGACCACGGCAUGACGGAAAUAGAUUUCCAGAAAAAGAGAAUAGAAAUUUCUUCAUUAGUAAAUCUAAGCGACAUAAUCAGAAAAUCGGACAAGGGGCCGCUUAUGCACAUAACGCCAGUAGAAGGGAAGCUUGAAUCCGUGUAUCAAGCACUCAGCAAGAGUGACAAAAUGACAGUUUACAAGAAGGAGGAGAUUCCUGAAUUCUGGCAUUAUAAGAACAACAGGCGUGUCAUGCCGAUUCUAUGUGUGGCGGACGAAGGGUGGUCCGUGGUGUGGGACAAAGAUGACCUCAUUAACAAAACUGACCGGGGUAACCAUGGUUACGACAACAGACUGUCCUCUAUGAAACCGAUCUUCUAUGCAGCCGGUCCGGACAUCCGCAAAAACUAUACCACCCCUCCGUUCCUGUCGGUUGACAUCUACUCACUGUUGUGCUCACUACUGGAUAUUGACCAGGCAUCAAACAACGGAAGUUAUGAACGCGUGCGCAACUUUGUUGUAAAGCAAGGGAAAACAGCAGGCCUAAGUAACGACAGUGGACGUUUAUCCAUUAGUUCAAUAAUGGCUCUAGUAAUUGUUUUACUUUUUUCUUUUGUGUGUAAAAAAUCAUAACAAUAACUUUUUGGGGGAACUUUUCUAUAUUGAAAACAUAUUACUUUUGUCUGUGUAUUCUUUUUGGCGCUAAACCGCGCUAAAUCAAGUACAUUGUACAUCUUUCAUAGCCGUUCAUAUAUGCAUACGAGUAGGCACAUUCAGGAAUAUGCUAAUUCAAAUCCACACUAACUUGUUGAAAAAUUAUUUUCCGCCAAAUGAUGUACACGCUAAAUAUAAUUGUAUGUAGAUGUAUUUUCGUUUACAGUAUACAGUGCCUUUAAUUAUUCUCGAUCUCUCUCAUGGGAAUGCAAUUAUUUUGUAUGUAUGUGUUUAGUGUUAAAGUGCGGGUAUAUCAAAAUGUUCAAAUGAUCAAACCAUGAUAUCACUGUUGUCAUAUUUGUGUUAUAUACGUACUACGACAAUCUGCCUACUAGCUCCACCUCUUUUACCUUAAAUGUUACUCCCGUCGACCAUCAAAAACGAUCAUCUCUUUUGUCCUCUUUAUUCUUUUCAAACGAAAGAGGGGUAAAUCGCCAGACAAGUAUAUUAGUUAUGGCAUAUUUUGUAUCUCAUAUUAAAAGUUUGAAUGCA